CUACAAUAAUUUUUCUUAUCGUAAAAUAGCUUAGCCAUUUAAAAGUUAAAGAAGCACGGAGCACCGUAAAAAUGAUCUUAGUUUUAGUCGUUUUAGCUAUUUUUCAUCCUGAGCAAGUAUUACCCUACAGAAGAAGUCUAGAGCCACUGAGAGCAGGAUGCUCACCACGAUCUCACCUGCUGAACGACUGCAACUGGUGCGUGUGCGAUGCGAAAGGGCAGUACCACUGCACGGUGCGCUCUUGCCACGCCGUAGACAAGUUUGGGCACUUCAGAGAUGCAAUUGCAGAUAUAAGCGUAGGCAUGGAAGGUAGAGGCUCGUGGAGAACCAAAGAUAUGCCCACAGCGUGCACCCCCAAUGCACACUACGCUCGGGACGGCCUGCUUUGUGUCUGCAAUGAAGACGGAGACUGGCCCAGUCCUGUGUGUCGAGAUGUAUUCCGAGUUCUGUAUUCCGUAGAGCCUACUUCUCCAGCCGCUGUGGCACGUAACCGAGCCUGCAUGCCCAAUCAACUGUAUCUGGUGGGGUGCAACAUUUGCGUUUGCUCUGAAGGUUACUUAGAUAAAAGCUCGUGCACAAAUAUUAAUUGUAAGCCCGACGAUCCCCUGGUCCAAGCCGAAGGUGGAAUUCCAGCGUUACAGAGUAGCAAAGAUAUGUAUGACGAAAUUUAUGCAGCUUGCGAUAAAAACGAGGAGUAUCUUCUCGGCUGUAGAAAGUGUACAUGCCUCGCAAAUAACAGACUCUUAUGCAGCAAUUGUUCCGAGAGCUUAGGCGACUCCAACAGAGCCGGUAGUCUCUGUGAUGGCAAACAAAUUUACGAAAUAUUUCCCGUUGAAUGUAAUUUCUGCCAAUGCGAUGAUGUGAAAAAUAUGUACUGCACAACAAAGAAAUGUCUGCUGAAGGAAACUAUUAGCGAAAUAGAAAGGACAUCAGUUUUAGGUGAGAAAAAGUGCAACGGAAAGACGCACGCCAAAAAGUGUGACCAUGAGGAACACCGUACAAUUCAUGAGGAAUGCGUUCGGAACACAGUUUACGAGAAGGCUUGCGACCUCUGCCUCUGUUACUCGGAUAGCAGGGACAGGGGGCGUGAGUUAUGCGUUCGCAACCCAAUAUGUGACGCUAAACAAGGCUUAAAAUCUGAACCGUUGAAGAGCUUGCGAACGUCGUACGGCUGCGAGCCUUUCCGCACCUACGAGAGAGAUUGUAACGACUGUCAGUGCUUGGCUGAUGGUAAAACGCUGAAGUGUUCGUCGAAGAUAUGUGACGCCCCAGAAGCUUCUACGGUAAAAAUAAUGCCCAUUAUUCUUAAAGAAGGAGGCACCUGUCCAGUUGGAAGUAUGUACUACCAGUUCUGCAAUAUUUGCGUGUGCCGAGAAAAUAAUAGGAGCCUGUGUACGACGUUGUCCUGCGACUCUAACGGCCAUUAAUAUUGCCUUAGGAACUUCAUCAAGAGGUAAGAUAGCAGCGAAUUGAGUACACUAGGUAAUAAAAGUACUUAAUAUUAUGUAAAUUA